GGUGUGCAAUAUUUAAAUGUUUUUGUUCUGAAAUCGAGUUUUGCAGGAACUUAACUAAUUAUAAUUCUAUGGUAAAAUUUUGUGGUAAUUUUAAACUGGGUUUUAAUCGGGAGUACAGAUCCUGAUUAAUCGCCAACCCCGGACCCAUUUGGCGUGGUCAAGGUAUCCAGAGUCGACUCACAACGCCGGGAUUCAAGAAGGAUAGAUGACCGAAACAAUAACGUUCCGAGCAGUAAUAUAGGUACCCGCUACGGAUUUAUCGAUAGUAAACACGCGACAUCAGCUUGCACCCAAACAACAACACAGCAACAACAACAACAACGGUAACAAUAAUAUACAUGGGAAAAGAUGAGUAACAGAUUAUAAUGAUUGGGCGCACAGUGAUAAGCGCACACGGUUACCACGACAGGCGUAGACGUACACCGUCCGCACACUCACAACGUUACGCAACGCGAUAUGGUUCGUACGGCGGCGAAGCGGACACGUGACGUCACACAGGUACGUCGAUCGGAAACGGUGCCCCGGACAGGACCACAAGAAUGGCGGUCGAUAUCAAGACGUACGACGGCGAUAUUGUAAUGGCGCGGAUUACGGUUGUUAAAGGCGAAAAGGGGACACGCGAAAAAAAAUCGCGAACAGAAACCGAAAUAAACCGUACAACGGCUACGGUAUACGCACCGGUCGGGUUCUACCACGGCGCCGGGAUGAGCGGGAACGGAAAAGAUUGGCGACCGUUAUGUCACUGCUCUCGCGACCGGUCGUGCCACUCGCGGGUGCGGAACGACGCGGUUCGAACAGAUCCCAAGGAAACAACAAAAGGACUUAUAGGGGAUGAACUGCUGAGAGUGUUGACUGGAGUAUCUAACGGUUCCACACGCAUCUUUUUUGAGGUGAGUGACGCGUGAAAAAAUCGGAGCAUCAACUUAGAGUAAU